GGACUGGACUGAAAUAAAACAAGACUACAAACAUGGCGGCUCCAACGCUGCAGCAGCCCAGUUUCCUGCUGGCGAACCUUAAAGCUGAUUCUACCACCAAACCUCUCCUGCAGCGAUGCCAGGAUCUGGUUAGGAUCAUCGAUGAAUAUCCUGCCAAGGAGCUGCACCUGAUCUUCCCCUGGCUGAUGGAGAGCAUGUUUGGCAGUCUGGACGGCGUCAUCGCCGGCUGGAACCUGCGUCUCGUUAGCGCACGAUGCAGCGACUACAGCGUCGUCUUGGACUUUCUGAACCCGGGAGGCCCGAUGAUGAAGCUGGUGUAUAAACUUCAGUCAGAAGAGUAUAAAUAUGAAAUCCCCGUCAACUAUCUGCCGGGUCCUGUGAAGGCCUGCAUCCAGGAGGGGGUUCUCCCCGACUGUCCUCUGUUCCACAACAAGCUGCAGUUCCCCCCGUCGGGGGUCCUGACCCUGAACAUCGCCCUCAAUCCGUUUGAGUUCUUCAUGUUUCAUUUCGCCUACUGUCUCAUCGCACCGAUGAACUUUCCUCAGGGCCAGCCCGGCGGCUCGACGGACAGCGCCUACUUUGUCCUGGUGGACAUGUACCUGAAGUACUUCCUCCCCACUGAAGGAAGCGUCCCCCCAUCCCCGUUCUUCGACUCCAGAGGCUCCGUGACGGCUGCCUCACCGCGACCCUCCGGUGGAUCUUUCUCCGGUUACGGCGUCCACAGUCCCAGCCUCCUGAAGCAUCACAUCUUCCAUCAGCCGUCGGUGAACGCAGACCCCGCAGCGCAGGAGAUCUGGAGGUCCGAGACGCUUCUGCAGAUGUUUGUGGAGAUCUGGCUCCAUCAUUACUCCCUGGAGAUGUACCAGAAGCUCCAGUCUCCUCAGGUAAAGCUGGCGCUGCUGCAGUACCGCCUCAGUAUGUCCAGCAUGCCGUACCAACCCCACGCCCCCCCAGGCUCUGGGACCCUCCACACCUACCAAGAAGCCUUCGUUCCGUCAGAGGAGCACGUGUUGGCGGUGCGCCUCCUCGUCAAACAUCUGCACGCCUUCUCCAACAGCUUGAAGCCCGAGCAGCUGUCUUCAUCAUCUUCACCUUCAGCUCACACACACACCAGCCCGCUUGAGGAGUUCAAGAGAGUGGUGGUGCAGCGGUUUGUGCAGCAGAACCUCUACCUGUUCCUGCAGCACUGCUUCGGACACUGGCCGUUAGACGCCUCCUUCAGAGCCGUGUUGGAGACGUGGCUCAGCUACAUUCAGCCCUGGAGGUACACGGGACAGAAGAGCAACCCCCAACCGGAUCAGAACCGAACGGUUCCAGACAAAUGGGAGCCGUUCGCCCACGAGAACCUGCUCUUCUACACCAAGCUGUUCCAGGGCUUUCUGAACCGGGCCGUGAAAACGGACCUGGUCAACGUGAAGAACGCCCUGAUGGUGUUCAGGGUGGCCAAAGUGUUCGCUCAGCCCAACCUGGCAGAGAUGAUCCAGAAAGGUGAGCAGAUGUUCCUGGAACCAGAACACGUCCUCCACCACCGACAGCCCCGCGGCUACCUGACGCCGAGCCAGGGGGGCAGCUUCCUGUCGUCACGGCAACGGGCGUUGACGGACGCCGUGUUCCGGGUGAAAAGUCACGUGUACUCCCUGGAGGGACCCGACUGUCAGUACAAACAGAUGUUCGGUUCUGAGCUCCGAGGAGCGGUCCUGAACUUGGUCCAGAUCAUCGCGCAGGCCCGGCAGACGGCCAAGAGGAUAUCGGACCAGGCCAGCGAGGCGGCGUCCAACACGUCCUUCCUGUCCUGGUUCUGGCUCGGCCCGACUGAUCUCAACAACACGGUCACCGGCGCCGAGGACAGUGGAGAGUGUCUGAGGAAGACCCACGAGUUCCUGGACCGAGCCCUGGAGAAUCUGAGUCUAAUCUUUAAGCUGAACCAGGGCCAGCUGGUCCAGCUCAUGUCCUCCCUGAGCUCCUCUCAGGACGACGGGCUGUCCAAGCAGCUGCCGGACUGUGUCCAGGGUGAGAACGGGCCGGUUCUGACGGACCUGGGCAGGAGACAGAUCAUCAACGGGCUGCGCAGGUUUGACAUCCGGUACCAGGGAGACCCGGAGCUGCAGCCGAUCCGGAGCUACGAGAACACCCUGCUGGUCCGGUUCCUCUUCAGGGUCUCUUCUCUGGUCAAUGACCGCCUCGGGGGUCACAUGACCUCCCUCUGCUCGCGCUCAGACUUCCUGGGUCGGCUCAGUCGGUACUACCUGACGGACCCGGACUCCUGGGCGAAGGUGAGGCGGAGCCCGAUGUCCCGGCAGAGCGUGGAGCGGAGCCGCAGGCCGAGGCUGAGCCUGCGGCCCCUGGCCAGCUACAGGACGCUCCUCCUGCUGCUCCUCUUCUACGGCCUGGGGGCCCUGCUGUCCUUCGGACCCGUCUCCAGCACCGCGCUGCUCAUGGUGGGGGCGGUUCUGUACGGAGUCCUGAUGACCCUGUUUGGAGACAAACUGAAGACACAAUGAGACAAACGUGUCCCGCUGCACAGGACUGAGACGGAUCUUUUCUCAGUCUGGUUUGAUAAAAAACUGGUUCUGCUGCAGGUAUCAGGUGUUUGGACCGGUUCUGGACCGGCCUGGUCCUUCUUGUAAAUACGUUUUUGUAUUUUUCCGUUUAAAUGAG